AUGUCAGACGUUGCUUAUACGAUUCUUGGUGAAUCGAAUUUUCACGAACAGCUCACGGUUCAGGAGUUCAAGACCUUGCUUGAGAAAGGUAGAGAUGAAGAAAAGAUUGACACCAUGAAAAAGGUCCUUAUCACCAUGCUAAACGGUAAUUUAAUGCCUUCAUUGUUGAUGCACAUUAUCCGAUUUGUUAUGCCUUCAAAGAACAAGGAAUUGAAAAAAUUGCUCUAUUUCUAUUGGGAGAUUUGUCCAAAAUACGAAGAGAAUGGUAAGCUCAGGCAAGAAAUGAUUCUCGUCUGUAAUGCUAUUCAACAUGAUCUUGCUCACCCAAAUGAGUACAUUAGAGGUAACACAUUGCGGUUCGUCACUAAAUUAAAAGAACCAGAACUGAUAGAGCCAUUGAUCCCUCCUAUUCGUCAGUGUUUGGAGCAUAGACACGCCUAUGUCAGAAAGAAUGCUGCGUUUGCAAUCUAUUCGAUUUUCAAAGUAUCUGACCACUUGUUGCCAGAUGCCGCAGAAGUUCUAGGGAACUUCUUGGCUGUGGAGACGGAUACCACUUGUAAACGUAACGCUUUCGCCUGUCUGGGUCAAUUAAACCGUGAAAUGGCUCUUGGCUAUUUACAGGAACAGCUUGCUGAUUUGGUGAGUCUUGACUCACUUUUGCAAUUGGCCUUUAUUGAGUUUAUUCGCAAAGAUUCAAUUGUCGCUCCGGAGUUAAGAGAGCAAUAUCUGAGUAUUGUAUCAGAGUUGUUGGAUUCUCCAAGUAGCUCGGUCGGUUACGAGGCAGCAAUUACAUUGACUGUAUUGACCAAUUCGCAGAUUGAGGUUGCCAGUGCUGCUUCCAAGUUCAUCGAUUUAGCAAUCAAAGAAGCUAACACCACUGUCAAGACAAUUGCCCUUGAAAGACUUAGAGAGCUAUAUCUAAGAAAUGUUGGCAUCUUAGACGAUUACGUGUUAGAUGUGCUUAGAAUUCUCACUACUUCUGACUUGGGUGUCCGUAAGAAGGCUUUAGAUUUAUCUCUGGAUAUUACCUCCAGUGGCAAUGUUGAUGAUGUCGUGAAAUUCCUGAAGAAAGAAUUGACGAAAUCUAUAUCCUCAAAUGAGGACAAAUCAAUAGAGUAUCGCCAGCUGCUUAUCACGGCAAUUCACAAAUGUGCCUUGAACUUUAACAGUGUUGCAGCAGAUGUUGUUGAUCUGUUGUUGGGAUUUAUCGAACAACUGAAUUCUGCUGCCGCAUCAGAGGUAGUUUCAUUUGCCAAAGAGGUGGUAGAGAAGUUCCCGGCCUUGAGAUCCAAAAUCAUCAAUCGUUUAUUACAUGCCUUGGAGAACGUUAAAAGUGGAAAGGUUUACAGAGGUUCCUUGUGGAUUUUGAGUGAAUAUGCUGAAGAAGAAAAGGAUAUCCAGGACGUAUGGAGACAUAUUCGUAAUAAAAUUGGUGAACUUCCAAUUUUAAGUACUGAAAAGAGACUGCAAAACAAAGAAGCUGUUGUCUCCAACGAAAAUGAUGAAAAUGGAUAUACUAAUGGCUCAAGCAAACCAAUUAUUUUGCCUGAUGGUUCAUACGCAACAGAAAAUGCAUUUACAGCCGAGUUGGAGAAACAUGUUGAAGAUAAAACUGGGGAGGAGAGGCCAACAUUGCGUGCUUUGAUUUUAGAUGGAGACUUUUAUCUUGCAGCAGUUCUCUCUUCGACCUUACUCAAGCUUAUCCUGAGUUUUCAGAAAAUUUCGUCCAACACCAAGAUUCUCAAUGCAAUGAAGGCUGAAGCAAUGUUGAUUAUGGUUUCGAUUUUAAGAGUUGGUGAAACUUCCUUUUCCAAGAAAAAGAUUGACGAAGAUUCCCAAGAGCGUAUUUUCUCUAUAGUCAGAUUCUUGGCUGAAAACAAAACAGACGAUGACUUCAUCCAACAUGCGUUUUUGGAUGAUACAAAAACUGCUUUCAGAAACUUGCUCAUUGAAGCUGAUAAGAAAAAGGCCCAGAAAGAUAAGUCAAAGUUGCAGCAAGCUGCCCAACAACCAUACGACAGUAUUUCAUUCAGGCAAUUUUCCAAAGAAGUUGACACUGAAGAAUACUCAUUGGAGGAACAACUUGCGGCUUCCACUAAGGAUGAUCUGUCCUCCAAAUUAAAAAAGAUAGUCCAACUAACUGGCUUCUCUGAUUCCGUAUAUGCUGAGGCAUAUGUGAAAGUUCAUCAAUUCGAUGUUGUUCUUGAUGUCCUCUUGGUCAAUCAAACUACUGAGACUUUGCGUAACUUAACUGUGGAAUUUGCUGCUUUGGGUGAUCUAAAAGUCAUAGAUAAACCGGGAACACAAAAUGUUGGGCCUCAUGGGUUCCUUAGAAUUCAAGCUACUAUUAAAGUUACUUCUGCUGACACUGGGGUCAUCUUUGGUAACAUCAUUUACGAUGGAGAAAAAGCCAACGACAGUAACAUCGUGAUUUUGAAUGAUAUCAACGUGGACAUCAUGGACUACAUUAAGCCCGCUACAUGCUCAGAGGCCCAAUUCCGUAAAAUGUGGAACGAAUUUGAGUGGGAAAACAAGAUUAUUGUUAAGUCUAACGUUGCUACUCUCAAAGAGUAUCUGGAUGUUUUACUGAAAGGUACCAACAUGAAUUGCCUGACUCCAGGUGCCAUCAUUGGGGAGGAAUGUCAGUUUUUAUCAGCAAACUUGUACUCUCAUUCUUCAUUCGGUGAAGACGCCCUUGCUAAUCUGUGCAUCGAGAAGCAAGCAGAUGGGCCAAUUAUUGGACAUGUACGUAUUAGAUCCAAGGGUCAAGGUCUUGCAUUGUCGAUGGGUGAUCGAGUCGCAGCAAUCGCUCGCCAAUCCAAUACGGCUACCGUAUCGGUUGUCUAG